GAGUCCGAUAUAAAAGAAGCGAUGCUUUUAAACAGAGAGCCGACGGUUCCCGUCCUCCAGCUAAAAUCUCAACACGCGUUGGACUUCGCUCCUCUAACCCAGCAAACUAUUGCAAUCGCAUCGUAUCUGCUUCCUCGCCCACUCUCUCUGCACCUUUUUACAAACAAAAACAUCGUAAUUUAUCUCUCUCUCGCUUCCCCCUUUUAUUUUUCUACCCAAGCAUUGUAAACCAACAGCAAACCGAGAUGAAGCAGUGAGAAAGAGAGAGAGAGAGAGAGAGAGAGGGAGAGAGAGAGAGAGAAAGAGAGAGAGAGAGAGAGAACCGGCAUCUAGAUUUGCUCUCCAGAUUCCAUGAAGCUAAGACUUAAGAGAGGGAGAGAAAAAUCGUAUUCUACCGAUGCAUCUGUAUUAUAACAGAUCGGAGCGGGAACGAGCAUAAAAAAAUAUAUACUUGACAAAAAAAAACAAGCUGAAACGUGCAAGAUUUCCAAAUCCUACUUUAAAAAAAAAACAAGCAACCAAGAACAAAAUAACAAAGAAAUCAAGCUGGCUCUCUCUCCUUCAGCUCAGAGCAGCCUGAUCGCGGCGAUCGCAGGCGUGUGCCCCGGCGCUUGGAGGUCUGGACGACCUAAUACCAUCUGCAGUAAAAGGAUGGCAUCCGAAUUGGCAAUCAACAGCGCCGACCUACCCAACAGUCCCCUUGCGAUGGAAUAUGUUAAUGACUUCGAUCUGAUGAAAUUCGAAGUCAAAAAGGAACCGCUGGAGUCCGAAGGCAAUCCGGGCAGUCACUGCAACCGCAUCGGGGGUUCGCUGUCUUCUACCCCAAUGAGUACCCCGUGUAGUUCGGUGCCACCGUCCCCCAGCUUCAGCGCCCCAAGCCCCGGGGAGCAGAAGGCGGCGCACCUGGAAGACUUCUACUGGAUGACAAACUACCAGCAGCUAAACCCGGACGCUUUGAGCUUCACGCCGGAGGAUGCGGUGGAGGCCCUGAUUAACAGCGCUCAUCAGCAGAUGCAAGGAGGCUUCGAUGGCUACCGGGGACAACAGCAACAGCAGCAGUACGCGGCGGCCGGGGCCGGCGCCGGGGCCGGAGCUGGAGCGGGCAUGGCCGGCGAACAGAUGGGUCCGCCCGGAACCGUGGUACCUCCUCACCACCAGCACCAACACCACCACCACCACCACCACCAGGGGCACCAGCACCCGGGGGGAGGAGUAGCCGCCGUUGGCACGGCUAACACCGGGAGCACCGGCCCCGCUACCGGCGGCAUUCACCAGCACCCGCACCUGCGGAAUAACGACCGCUUCUCCGACGACCAGUUGGUCAGCAUGUCCGUGAGGGAGCUGAACCGGCAGCUCCGGGGUGUCAGCAAGGAAGAGGUGAUCCGACUGAAGCAGAAACGCCGGACCCUCAAGAACCGAGGUUACGCGCAGUCCUGCCGAUACAAGCGGGUGCAGCAACGGCACAUGUUGGAGAGCGAGAAGACGCAACUGCAACAGCAAGUGGAACACUUAAAACAGGAGAUAACCAGACUCGUUCGGGAGAGGGACGCCUACAAAGAGAAGUACGAAAAACUUGUGUCCAGCGGCUUCAGAGAAACGGGCUCGUCCAGCGAUAACCCUUCCUCCCCGGAGUUCUUCAUGCUCAACACAGCAAAUGAUGUUAAUGGAGCAGCAAAGAAUGGACAAUACAACCUGAAAGAGGCUAAACAAAUGCUCAGCUACAGAAAACAUGAUGCUGGAAUGCUGAUUGCUUAGAUCGGAACUUUCCCUGCAGCCCAGGGAUCGCCAUAAAGCACAAAACCUCUGACAGAAAGAAUCAGCAAAGAGAAAGACAACCACCACAGCAGCGUUCUCAAGACUACUUUGGCUAGUUUAGUUUUUUCCUCGUUCAAUUUUUUUUAAAGAGAGGAUAGCAAAGAACAAAUGAAGAUGACUAUUCAUUCAGGUCUCUCUCUCUUUCACAUGCACACACGUACACACAUUCACACACGCACACACACACACACAACAUUUACACAUGUAACACACACACGCAUGAUGUUUGAUUAAAAAACAGUGACAGUAUUUAACAAAACACACCACGCACACAACUGACAAGAUGCUGGCAUUACUUAUUAAGAAAAACUGAGCAAAGAAAAAGAACCUUAAAAAAAAAACUGUGUGUGCAUCGGCGAAGCAGUCUUAAUCUGUGAAUGAAGACCAAGCUGAGAGAGUUACUGACCCUUCUUGAUCUCAGACCCACAGUCGCUGAUGACACUUUGUGUAUAUACUUAGGCUUCUUUGAUAUAUUCAUAUAUUUCAACAGUGCUUCCGAUUCUCACAGUAAUUGUGAUUGACGUUAGAUUACGGGUAGUCACAAAGGGAGACUCUGAGGCCACUCUAUUAGUCUAUUGGAUUCCAAAUAGGUUAAGGUAAACAAGAGCUGGUCCAACCCACCGGACUCUGCAUUAGUAGCACGUCAAUACAGAGAUGACUGCAGGAUUUUUUAAAAUAAAUUGUGUUGAUUUUUGGUUCAAACAUUAUAUUUCAAUCACAACAAAAGAAAAUGUAACGAAUAUCUCGCCCCAGUAAGGGUUUGUUGUGGAAUUUAGCAUGCCAGUAUUUGUUCUGGGUUUUGGAGUUCUCUCUAGAAAAAGACUGAACUGGCACAUUGAAAUCCAACAGCACAUUUUAAAAUACAUCCCUUUUCCUUUGACUGUCCAAGGUCACAUUUUGGCAUCAACGAGACAGAAUCUCGUCCACUAAUCUUACUUAAACAAACAAUAGCAAAUGCCAAUUGCAAUCAAUUGAGUGCAUUUAGCUAUUAUCUGUAAUGGAGAAUAGGAAAUGUUGGAAAUACUUACAGGUCAGGUAACAUUGUGGAGGUAGAAACAGACAUAACAUUUCAAGUCUUUCAUCACAACUGUUAUCUUGUGUUCAUUUUGACACUAUGCAAUUGACCUGAAAUGCCAAGUCUUGUUUCGAGCUCUCUCUUUCUCUCUGCAUAGAUGCUGCUUGACUUGCUAAGUAUCUCCUGCAUCUUCUGUUUUUUUAAUUUCGGAAUCCCAGCAUCUGCAGUAUUUUGCUCUUAUCACCCUUUGGAAGUCCCUGCACUUGAAGUUCCAUAACUAAGGCCCCUACAAUCGUAGAUUCAAUGAGUGGUUGAAUCCUUUUAUAGAUAAGGCUGUUUGGUUGUUGCUUGAAACAGCAUUAAGUAGAGAGGUUUGCAGCUCCAUUAUCUGGAUCUUGUUCCAUUACUUAAAUCCCACCCAUGAAUACUACACAAGGAGUUGUUUCUUUUCUUUUUUCAGGUCUUAGUGUUGACCAUCAUUUUAAGCACUUUGUACAGUGAUGUUGGGCUGUUACAACUUGUGCACAGGAAGGGGUAACUUAGAGAGGGAAAACAAAAUCAGUUAAAUCUGAUCCAACCCCUUGUUACUGAAUCUCCAGCCGAACCACAAUAGACUGGGUGGUUAUUCAACCUUCAAUAGCAUAUCUCGGCUGAUCCCACCAAAUGUAGUGGGCUGGAAAAUGCAACAAUGUGGAGCAAUAAAGGGGUAAAAUUUAAUAAGACAACUAAAUAGUCUUGUUCAAUAGGGAACUAAAAACUACAUGCAACAUGACCUCAAUAGACCAGGAUUCAGGGAGAGCCUCCUUGAUGAUCAUCAACCUUUUGAGGAGUGACCAGUAACAGCUUUCACAUACAUAAUGUACAUAAAUUAAAUUAGUUUCUAUUACUGUGCUAAAUAUUAGAAAUAAUUAUUCAUUAGUAACAAUCAUCGGUAAUGAGGCUCUGUAGCAGGCUGUUCUAAUCACAAAAUGUCUUCUGAGUUAGCAAAAUCUGAUCAAUACAUCAACAGAGCACAGAUGUAGUUCUUCAAAGGGUU